GUGAGAGCGAGGCCGCUGGUGGAGCUCGCAGCUCUUUCCUGCUGUUGAGAGGGAGGUGCUCGAUUUGGCCCCGCUGCUCUCAACCUUCUCCGAGACGGAUGAUCAGAUCAGAAAGGGCCGUCAGAAUCUGUGAAUAUUUUCCUUUACAACAGUCACCGCGUUUACAGUGACCCUGGGAUUUCUAGUCGACGCAGCUCCAUGGUGACCCGAUACUGAUUUUAAAGAGGAGGGCAUUCACUGGUUCAGGACUCUUGCUGCACAAGCAGGACUGAAAGAUGUGCAAUGGAAUGGUAGCGUGUGAGACGAGAGCCUCGCUCGCUCACGGGGUGGCCUCCACAUCCCUGCUCCUCCUCCUCGCCAUGCUCCCCACAGGCCAAGCUUCAGGUUGUUCCAGACCCUCAGUUGUGCCUCAUGGCCGUGGGAACCUGACGGAAACCAACCGUGGCUCCUUCUCUGUUGGCACGCUGCUCCAGUACAGUUGUGAUCCAGGAUACACGUUGGACGGCUACAGCAUUAUCUCAUGCACUGUCACCGGCCAAUGGUCCUCUGACCCACCUCGCUGCAUCAAAAAUGAUGUCUGCCAGCCACCAAGUGAGCCAGAGAACGGAGGAUACAACUGCCACCCGUCGCCGUGCCACAGACUGACCCAGGGUACCGUGAUUGAGUACUUUUGUGAUGAGGGUUACAUUCUGAAAGGAGGCUAUCAGUUCCGAACCUGUGAAAACGGAGAGUGGAAGUCACCCAUGCAGAUCAGCUGUCAUCCUGUGCAAGGGGUGGAGCAGCACUCUUCAUUGCCCAUGCCAGCUCUCUCUAUCGUGGCCUCCACUGCUAGUUCUGUUGCCCUCAUCCUGCUGCUGGUGGUGCUGUUUGUUUUGCUUCAGCCCAAACUUAAGUCCUUCCAUCAUAGCCGCAGCCGGGAGCAGGGUGUGUCAGGACAGCCCUCUUCCAUGAUGGUGGGGGGUGUUCAGGUGUCGCUGCCCUCCUAUGAAGAGGCUGUGUACGGGGCGGGCGGCACUUCUGUACCUCCUCCAGAGUCGCGGGUGCAGAUCGUGCUGUCGGAGGGCCCUCAGGCUGAGCCUUUGCAUGAACCUCUGGAACAGGCUCAGGCGAGCUACAGUUUUCCUUCCACCUCCACUGCUGCGAGCUCUUGUCACGCAGAGACUGUACUGGUUCACCAGGUGGCCUGUUCCUCCUCUCCCUCCUCCUCUUCCUCUCCCUCCUGGGCUGUUGAGCAGCCUGGUGCCGCUGCGCCUCUUCACCGCCAGCAGAGCAGCGAGAGCAGCGACCUGCACAGCCUGCUUUCAGUCACCUCUGCUGAAGACUAUGGCGAUGAUAUUCCAUUGCUAAAGGAAGCCUGAGUCUGUGUGCAUCUGCCCCUCUCUCUGUCAUCGCUGGUCAGGACUAUAAAACCCUUAAAAGCUUCUCACCAAACACUCGCCCUUCCCACAACCACCCGAAAUACGACCCGUCAGCUGUCCCUCAGCUAACAAAAUCGCCCGCCUUGGGGGUCUACAAGCUAUGGGGUCCAUACAGCUACAGCUACACCGGACGACCCUUCAAAGGGAUGCGCAAACGCUCAAGUUUAACACGUUGCACCUUUUCUUGCAGGUGUGCUAAUAAUAAUCAGUUGCACUCACAGGCUUACCUCGUCACGGCGAGGAUUCUCUAAUUACAAGCGAAUGCAUUCAGAUUACGUGAUGGACGUCCACUCCGUCAAUGACUGUGACCUCUUGCGAAAGGGAGAGUUCAGCAAGGAUUUGCUAAGUCAGGCCCUUUUCUCUUUGAUGCUGCAUGUUCUGUGCAAUUUUUUUGAAUUUUCUUUUCUGUUUCCACACGCGCGUACACACAGGAGCACGGCAUCAAAGCAUGACACACGGCACCAUCUCCACGCUUUGACCUUGUGCGAGACGCAGGGUUAAACCCAUUUGCAUUGUACUGUAUUCAAAUACAUGCUUGCCUUUUUUUAUUUGUCCAGAUGUACCUGUGCUGUGCUCUGCGUGUGUGUGUGUGUUUCUGAUGCCUGUGUGACUGUGGCUGUUGUGAUUCAAAGAGGGCUGAAGCAUCACCUAGGCUUUUUUUCGUCCCCAAAAUAGGAAACAGUUUUGAUACCUCCAUCUUUUUUCUAAUUGAAAUGUUAUUUAAGUAGAAUGGAUGUUCCUCGUCUACAUGUCUGUUCGUCUAAAGUGAGGGAGAUCAACUUCUGAGAUCAACGAGAAAUUUGAUCUUAUUUCUUCAUUUGAAAGCAAGUAUGUCUCCCUCAUGUUUAUGUGUUGCACGCACAAGUAAAAAAAGCAAAUUUCUUUUUUUUUUUUAAUCACUUAUGUUCAUUUUCCAGAAGGAAUUUGUUAGAUUGUGGAGAAGGUCUAUUGCUGGGCUGUACCUUAUCAGUUUUGACUAAUAUGAUUUGUAUUAUAAUUUAAGGAAGUUUAAUUCACUUUUAUUUGGUGGAACUAAAAUGAAACCACACAUGUGGCUGAUAUUUUAAAGAUCACCGUCAAGGAUAGGAGCAUCCUUUGCUUUUUGUUUUGUUUUUUUUGCGCCAUCUGUUCUUAAGAUGGUAUUUAAAAAGAGAGUUAAUCAGAUAUGCUAUCAGAAAUGGGCUGUGCAUUGUUUUAAUGCACUGUGGAUCAAAUCUUGCAACAUUUUGCAUCUUUUGAAAAAAUUCCGGCGAUUCAAAUGUCAUCACAUUCAUAUGGCGAUUCAUAUGGGCCAGUUGGGGCCUUGUACUCCUACUGGUAGGCUCAGAAGGCUGUUAAUGUUAAUCAGCCAUAGAUCACAUACGGCUGUGGUUAACGAGAACUAUUUCUAUUAUUUAUUAAAUUUCCCAUUAAUUGUAUUUUAUUAAUGUCUACCCCAACCCUAAACCCAAUCGUCACAGUAAUGUAAAAACUGAUCUAGAUCUGGAGUAUUCUUUAUUAGUGUAGCUGGCGCAGUGGGCAGCACAAUCGCCUCACAGCAAGAAGGUCGCUGGUUCGAGCCCUGGCUGGGUCAGUUGGCAUUUCUGUGUUGAGUUUGCAUGUUCUCCCUGUGUUUCCCCAACUGUCCAAAGACAUGCGCUAUAGGUGAAUUGAAUAAGCUAAAAUUGGCUGUAGUGUAAAAGUGAGUGCGUGCAAAAGUGUGUGGGUGCUUUCCAGUGUUGGGUUGCGGCUGGAAGGGCAUCCGCUGUGUAAAACGUGCUGGAUAAUUUUGGUGGUUCAUUCCACUGUGGUGACCCUGGAUUAAUAAAGGGACUAAGCUGAAAAGAAAAUGAAUGAAAUUUCCCAUUAUUUGUAUUUUAUUAUCGCCUACCCCAACCAUCACAGUAAUGUAAAAACAGAUCUGAAUCUGGAGUCUUCUCUAUAUUAGUAUAGUGGAUUAGCCAUGUGGAUGGAUGAUAACAGCCGUCUGAGCCUACCAGUAGGUGCAGAAGGCCACUACUAGCCCAUAUCUAUCAGCUGAUA